UUGCAAUUGUUUGGUUCUAUGUUUAUACUGCGUAGGUGAAAAUCAGAUGUUAUGUUUUGUGUUUGCUGAUGUGGCAUUCGAGAAGCAUUGAUAAUUAAAAGUAUACAUGCAUUCAUGUUCUGUAAAAGUGAGGGAUUCGGUACCAACUGUCGUGGUACCAACUGUCCAUAACAAUGGAGCGGACAGAUUGAUAUUAACAACAAAAACCACCCAUACUCUCGCACAUAUCGUCAAAUCCAAGGUAUAGACAAACUAAAGCCAAAUCAAAUGGGCAAAACAGCUCGGGUUGUGAUGUGUGGCUUAAGAAAAGUUGGAAAAACAGCAGUACUGGAACAACUAAUUUAUGGAAACAUUUCAAAAUCCACUGAGUUGCAUUCAACAAUAGAAGACAUAUAUGUAGCCAAUAUUGAAACAGAUCGCGGUACAAGAGAAAAGGUCCGGUUCUACGAUAUAUGUGGCUUAGAUCAACCACUUCCAAACAGUCCAGCAUCAAGAGAUCAACCGCAGUUGCCACGACAGUAUUUUGGACUUGCAGAUGGCUAUGUUUUAGUCUACGAUACUGACAGACCAGAGUCUCUUGAUGCCCUGAUUGCAUUAAAAAAAGAUAUAGACAGGAACAGAGAAAAGAAAGAGAUGGUGCUAGUAGUUAUUGGAAAUAGAAUUAAACAGUCAGAAGUUGGCAAUCUAGAGAAUACUGCCAGUAAGGCAGCUCACUGGGCUGCAAGGGAGAAAAUAAAGCAUUUUGAAGUGAAUGCCAUGGAUAGGAGCACUCUGUUUGAACCUUUUGUGUACCUUACAUCAAGACUCAACCCACCACCAAAUAAAAGCACUUUCCCACAGUUGAGCAUGGUUAGGAAAAGUAUUGGAAGGCCUGACACAAAUUAACAGCACUGUUACAUUGGUGUAAUUGUCCUAAGAACUGGAUCAAUUUAUACAGCAUUUACUACCAGCUUGCUUUCUUUUUGCUGGAGCCAGUACAGCAGUUGACUAAGGGAUGUGUAUUUUGUCUAGUUAAUAGAGAGAUACUCUCAGACCUAUCAUUUAAAAAUUCGGUAUUAGCCCACCAAAUGUUUUUUUGCAAAUGUUGCAGAUCUAGAAGGCUAUUGUUUUGUGCUGAGCUCAGCAGCUCACUUUCAACAGAAGGGAGAAUGGAAGGAUAAGCAUGAGGCAUGAGAUUUACAGUAUUGGCAAAGAGUGUAACUGGGUGUUAUUGUUUUUUUUUUUAUAUUGUGAAAAAAAUUGUGUAAUAAAACUAAAACAUUCAUCUGUUCUGCUUUUGUGCUUCUUGUUACUGGUUGGGUCUUCAUUCCAUAUUCACUAUAUGAUUGUUAAUAGUUAUUAUAAAUAGUGAGUAUUGAGGCUGUUACUUAGUAAUGAACCAUAAUACUGCUGUUCUGCUCCAAUUUACUUUACAUAAAAUCUAUUCAGAACAAUAUGCUCUGACUCUCAUCCCUGUGUCUGAGUGACCUACCCUUUCUUUUCAACCUUCACCAAACUUGUCUCACUGAGAAAGGAAGGAAUAGUUUUGAAAUCAAAAAUAGUUUCUUGUACUUUAUUGUGUGUCUAUUGGCAGUACUGAAAAUUUUGCCUUCUGAAGGUAAGUACUGACCAGGAAUCCUGUCUCAUAAUUUUAUAGUUUGCUUAAGUGAGUUUUUUGUUGUCUAUGACUAAAAAUUUUGCAGCAAAAUAUCACUUAAAUAUUCUACACAAGCAAGUAUUAUGAGCUUUACAGUUAUGUGUGUUGCAGUUUUCUACACAACAGGAUUGUCUUGAUAGUCCUAACUGAUUUUUCCAAACUUGGAAGAUGUGUUUUUGGUGCAGUGUCAGUUUAUGUGAAUUCCAACUAGGAUCUACUGUAGUCUGCAAGACACAAAUAUAAUAAUCAGAAACAACAAGAUGUUGCCCACCCCCCUCCCCUCCCCCCCCCCCCAAAAAAAAAUGGGCAUGUCUGUCAAUUCGAAUUUCAUUUGCAGGCACAAGUACUUACAUGAUACUGGAAAGUCACCAAAUGUUUUCCAACAGACUUUUUAUUGUGAUCUCACUGUUCGGUUCACCUAUUUACCAUGUUUAUUUCAUGUUUUUCCUUUUAGUGUGUACCUCUUUGAAGUUGGUGAAAGAAGAUAUCUGAUAGUUGUGGUGGGACUCCUGUGGCUGCUUUGCAUUUCAGCCUCAACCAGUCGUACAAUGUGAUUUUGUUUAUGUCUCUUUGGUAGUGCCUCAGUGUUGUCAUUAUUGUGUUGAAGAUUUGAGUGUUUUGCCAACAGCCAUUUGCACUUCACAGUUGAAAGCUGGCAACAGCUCCAUCAGCUGCCAGGGACCUUCUUCCUCUGACUCUACUAUUUUUGUAUUACCAGUAAUUCCUUUCAGUAUUUACUCCCAAGGAUCAUACUCCAACAUAACUUAUAUUCCUUUUCUCUCCCUGUAUUUGCCACUCAUUCAUAAUGGAUUCUUGCCCCUUCUACUUGUAUUAUUUCAGAAAAGCAUUUCUAUCCCUAGCUAGCAAAGACCUAUUUCCACAUCCAUUUCCUUUAAUGCUGCCCCAGCUGUGGAAUUCUUUAAUGACCAACUAUAAAAAUUCCAUUUUCUGGACCCCACCCUCUCAAUCUUCGGACUCUGCCAUUCUGUACUCCUUAGUAACGCAGUACUACAGAACCAAACUUCCAUGCCACAGGCAUCCCUUUAAGAUUCUCGUAUUAUGCAAUCCAAUUUCCUACAUCCCAUAUUCCAAUUAGUUAGUUUUUUGCUUUACAAUAAUUAGAACAACAUUGCAAAUAUCAUCUCAAAGUAGUUAUCCAAUUUAUUGUGUUCCUACACUUGUCACAGAAUACCACUGCUCAAGACAACCUAUCCAACCCCUGGGAUUGAAGUCCUCUCCCCUCCACAAUAAACCCCCUAGUGCCCAGACCCUUGCUCACCUCUUCCAUUUUUCACAUUCCCUGAAACUCUCUCUCAUCAACCCACAAAGUUCAGAACCCAAAAACCCACAACUAUGUUGUUAAAUUAUCAAUUAGGAACUAUAGUCAUUCCUUGAAUCCAUUUCCUUCCCUAUUCUAAAUCCAGGCCAUCUUGGACUCCCAUUGUAACUUAUUCCUGUACUCCCAUGGAAAGAAUCUCUGCCCAAGUCGACCAACAUCUCCAACUUAUUGCCUGCUACUUAACUUCUUCCUGAAUUGAGGAUAGAAACCACUUCCUUCAUUUCCUCUCCACUGUCCUACCUCAUUACCAACUGUGUCCUUGCGUGUCACUGUAGACACUACCUCACUAUAUGGUAACAUACCCCAAUUCCACAACCUUGCCCCUAUCGAACAUUACAUUGCCCAACAUUUUGCCAACCCCAGAUGGCCAUUUCAUUUCUCAUUGACAUGUCAAACUAUGUCCUUACACGUAAUUCCAUAACUCCUUCUCCUUUGAGGAGAAGAAUCACCCACCUUAGAGUCAAGCCACCUGUAGAUUGUGCAUGUGCAGUUACAAUAAACCCAUUUUCCAGUGUGCUGACGAUAUUUACAGAUAGGUGCUACCAUCCAUACCUAGUUCACAAAACAUUUCCCACGCUAUAUAUACACACCUGGUCCUAAUUCUCUUACCACCUCCACAAAUGAUCUACUAAGGAUCACCUUCAUUGUUACCCAUAUCAUUCCAGAGUGGAACAACUUUGCCACUCUCCCAGUCUGUGAAACAUUCUGAUCCAUCUGUAGGCUACACCUGCACCAACCAUGUGUCACAUGGGUUGUAUCCUGAUAAAAGACCCAAAUCCAAAACCUGUUCUAUGUCCCUGUCAUAUCAAGUGCAGGGCCACUUGUGGUCAUGUCAUAUAUCAACUCUGUUUUAAUGUUAACACAGUCUGUUGUCUUGGCAUUAAGUGCGUCUUGGCAUUAAGUGCCCACACAAAUGAAUGACAACUACAAAGACCAAAGUUGACCAACUAGUGGCAGAGAACAAAGUGUGUGACUACAGUUGUUUUCUAAUGACCUGUGGCAUUUGGAUUCCCAUCAACACCAACUUCUUUGUAUUCUAUAGAUGAGAUGUGUACUUGUAACACAUCCUUUGAUUGUGCAAUCACCCUGAUCUCAACUUGGGUAACCCGUCUUCAUGCACCUCCACUUGCACAUCCACCUUCAUCCCUGUCUACGUGCUUUCCAUCCUCCAGCCUCACUCUAGCUCAGCUUAUCUUUUGAUUAAUCUACAUCCACACACAACUGUAUCCAUGUUUUUUCUCUCAUGUUUCUGGGCAGAUUUUUCUUCUUUAUCCGGUUGACAUUACUUACAUUAUUAUACGAGAUGAAACCCUUCAUAAAACAACACUAAAUCGCCAAAAAUGUGACUAUCAGAUGUUGAAGUAAAAAGAGUUCAUUUUGGAUCCUAUUGAACUUUACAGAAGUGAUGGUUAACACAUGGCUCUUGAAGUUUUCCAAAAACUCAGCAAAUGUUGUUAACAGAGGAGUAUUGGUAUGGGGUGUAACAAGACAGGACAGGACAGAACAUCAGGAAUAAGAACAUCAGGCAUUUACGUGUUUGUGAAAACGUGACUUGUUAGAGAUGGUUUGAUCUGAGCAGAGAAGUUGCAUAGUGAUAAGACUGACGAAAUUCAACCUGUAGAAACUCAGCUUAAAAAUUAAAGGCAAUGUGUUUUGUUUCUUGUUUGAGAUAAUUAAUUUGAGGUAAUUUAUAUGUUGCAAUUAACAUUUUCAUUCUUCCCUUUUUCAAAUUAUUGUUUCUUUCUAAAAUGUAAGCAAUGAGUGUUUUGGUUUGAAUUGUAUAAUCUCCCCUCCUAAGUUAGCCCAUACACACCCUGAUGUGUUCAUUACUUUUGACUCUUAUCACAAGGAGACUAUUUGUUCUUGCCUUCUCAUUUUUGUUGGAAAUUGACUGUAAUACCAUUUCUGUACAAAAAUAAUAUGUCCUGUUCAACUAUUUCUGUUUUUGUUUGAAGUUUCUAGUGUUUAAAAUAUUGUGCUAGAGAAGUGUCUAAAAUAUUGUGCUAGAGAAAUAAAUUAUUUAUUUGUGUUAA